CUGUCAUUUUCAGCACACCCGACAAUACUGUAUAUAUCACUCGGUGUUAUAUGGAUCAGAUGGCCAAUGAAGACAGUUUCCCCGAUUUGAAGACGUUCUCUCCGAUUUGCAGAGUUCGUUCUCACAGUGACACUUCUGGUUUCAGGUCUAGAAUACUGUUGAGACUGCGAGGCGCACGUUCAGUUGACGGACUGGAAAAAUGUUCUCUGGCCAGCUGUGAUGUUGUGGUGGGCAGCACCCAGAAUCCUCCACUGAAGCAGAAGGGGAAGCUCUCCACUAUAGGGAAGAUCUUCAAACCCUGGAAGUGGCGCAAGAAGAAAACCAGCGACAAGUUUCAGGACCUAUCCAUAUUUCUGGAGAGGAAAAUCUCCACGAGGCAAAGUCGAGAGGAGCUGAUAAGACGAGGAGUCCUCAUUCCUGAUCAAGGACCAGAGGACCCAGUGAACCCUGAAACUCUAAAUGGCCACGCCACGCUUAGUCUGGGGUCAGAGGAGGUCAAAGUUGACAUAGAGUCUCCUGAAACGCCUUCAGAGGGGAAGACCGAAGAGUCAGAGAAUUCUGAAGACAAAGCAGCCAAAUCCUCUCAUCCUAAGAAAACUGGAGGCACAUCCAAGACCACGGCCCAGUCCUCAUCCUCCUCAUCGUCCACACAGUGUAACACAAAGAUCUCGAAGGACAGGCCUGCCAAUCCAACCGGGACAGAGAAGACCAACAAGCGCGAGCUCCAACUAGCAACUGACCCUUCCCGCUUCUCUGGAGCCCCCAAGGCCUCCCCAGACACAGACAGCCUACCAGGUGAAAGACGGCUCACGGGUCCUGGGGAUGGGAACCAGGGGGGUAAGGAGGAUCCCUCUUCUGGCCCAGAGGGCAGGCCUGCUGCUCAGGAUAACUCCUCUCUGCCUGGGGUGGAUAAAGACAAUGCCUCAGGUGCUGGUCCUCAGGACCCUGGAGAGAAAGCACCCCUUGUCAACAGCACCACUGAGGACACUUCCUUCACUGAGUCUCAAAGUGAGAGCUCCACGGAGGAAGCCCUGGGGACUGGGAAAGAUGGAGGAGGUGACCAUGAGCAACAGUCGGGGGAUGAAGACCAUGACUUAGAGAAAAAUCGGAGGCCUACCAAUGGGAUUGGUGAGAAGCUCCACAGUGUUAACCUGGAGAGCCCAGAGGUUACAGUCAUCCCAGACAGUACUACGGAGUCUGACUACCACUCCAUAGUCAGCGACUCAGACUCAGAUGGGCCCAUCCUCUACCGAGACGAAGAAGAGGACGAGGAUGAGGAGGACGAGUAUACCACCAGCUCUCUAGCCAGUAAGAUCCGCCGCAGGGACACCCUGGCCAUCAGACUUGGCAACCGGCCCAGCAAGAGAGAGCUGGAGGAGAAGAACAUCCUGCCUCGUACCUCUGAGACCGAGAGGCAGGAACUCCGCCAGCAGAUUCACUCCAAGCUAGUGAGACGACUUAGUCAGAGGCCCAGUACUGAGGAACUGGAGCAGAGGAACAUUCUGAAACAGACAAAUGAAGCUGAUCAACAUGAAGCCAUACAAGAGAUUAAAAGGAGACUCUCCCGAAAGCUGAGUGUGAGGCCGACAGUAGCAGAGCUUGUGGCUCGGCGGAUUCUGCGCUUCAAUGAGUACGUGGAGUGCACAGAUGCUAAGGACUAUGACCGUCGCGCAGACAAACCCUGGACCAGGCUCACUCCAGCUGACAAAGCUGCUAUCCGUAAAGAACUGAAUGUUUAUAUUCCCUCAGGCUGCUAUCUGUAAAGAACUGAAUGUUUAUAUUCCCUCAGGCUGCUAUCCGUAAAGAACUGAAUGUUUAUAUUCCCUCAGGCUGCUAUCCGUAAAGAACUGAAUGUUUAUAUUCCCUCAGGCUGCUAUCCGUAAAGAACUGAAUGUUUAUAUUCCCUCAGGCUGCUAUCCGUAAAGAACUGAAUGUUUAUAUUCCCUCAGGCUGCUAUCCGUAAAGAACUGAAUGUUUAUAUUCCCUCAGGCUGCUAUCCGUAAAGAACUGAAUGUUUAUAUUCCCUCAGGCUGCUAUCUGUAAAGAACUGAAUGUUUAUAUUCCCUCAGGCUGCUAUCUGUAAAGAACGGAAUGUUUAUAUUCCCUCAGGCUGCUAUCCGUAAAGAACUGAAUGUUUAUAUUCCCUCAGGCUGCUAUCCGUAAAGAACUGAAUGUUUAUAUUCCCCAGGCUGCUAUCCGUAAAGAACUGAAUGUUUAUAUUCCCCCAGGCUGCUAUCCGUAAAGAACUGAAUGUUUAUAUUCCCCCAGGCUGCUAUCCGUAAAGAACUGAAUGUUUAUAUUCCCUCAGGCUGCUAUCCGUAAAGAACUGAAUGUUUAUAUUCCCUCAGGCUGCUAUCUGUAAAGAACUGAAUGUUUAUAUUCCCCCAGGCUGCUAUCCGUAAAGAACUGAAUGUUUAUAUUCCCCCAGGCUGCUAUCCGUAAAGAACUGAAUGUUUAUAUUCCCCCAGGCUGCUAUCCGUAAAGAACUGAAUGUUUAUAUUCCCUCAGGCUGCUAUCCGUAAAGAACUGAAUGAGUUCAAAA